AAUUCGUCAUCGAAACGGCACGAAAAACAAUCCAGAAGAAAAAGUUGAUAUAAAAUAUUUAUCGCGUGUCGUCGUGAUCGGUGCGUGCGUGCUUUCGGUGCAUUGUCUAUUUUUGUCGCCACUCGCGUUGAGCUUCUAGCGUGCGCGGUUUUAUUUUCUUCUGUUUUUAAUCAUUUCCAUUGGAGGAGCAAUCUCGAUGUGGCAUACUCCAUCCGUUGCCGUUACUGCGCCUUAGUUGGUUGUCGUUUGGACAAGGUAUUUCAUAAAAUUUGUUCGGAGGACGUAUUCUUAGUUUAGUUUAUUUGUUUGAGUAACCGAAUCUGGAGAAUACUGCCGGAAGUGACCGGUGAUGAGUGGGACUGGGAAAUGAACGAUAUUAGUUCUACACUAGGAGAGUCAGAUUCACAAUCAUCGGAAGUUUUGGGGCAGGAAGUUAUAGACUUAACGCAAGUGGGACCAGAAUUAGUUAUUCCCGAGGGAAUCAAAGACACGUAUAUUCAGAUAAUUUACAACCAAGCGUUGGUUUAUAUACGCGAAACCCUGGAUCACAUCGUGUUACUGAUCCUUGUCUACACCUUGCUAUGCCUGGUUUUGUACAAACUGCUCUUUCAUCCGUUCGGACGAUGGUUGAAAGUAGUUCGGAAGAGUCGGCUUCCAGCGAACUGCAACCGAGCGCUGCUGGUGACCGCCCACCCCGAUGACGAAUCAAUGUUUUUCGCACCGACCAUUCUGGAGCUGCGCCGCCGAAACUGUCGGGUCUUUCUAAUCUGCCUAUCGGAAGGGAACUUCAACCAUCAAGGGAGUGUGAGACGUCAGGAGCUCUGGGAUGCGUGUGAAUCUUUGGGUAUCAGACCGGAGGAUAUAACACUGCUGAACUCGACCCACCUGCAGGACGAUCCGGCGCUAGAAUGGAAAACGGUCACUAUCGCCAAUCAAAUCCUGAAGCACCUCGAAGCGCUGGAUGCGAAUUUGUUGAUUACCUUUGAUAAGGUCGGCGUUAGCGGACAUCCAAACCACUGUGCCAUCUAUCAUGCGACCGCGUCGCUCUGCUUGGCGGGACUGAUUCCAAACAAGUGCAAAGUUCUCACGUUGGAAUCGGUCAAUCUGUGUCGGAAGUACAUUUCAAUAUUGGAUUUGCCUAUCACUUUGCUGUUAUCUACAAACUGGGCUGUCCUCAGCUGGCAAUCGCGGCUGGCCGUUCAGAAUGCCAUGCGUCUUCACCGCUCACAGAUGGUUUGGUUUCGAAAGCUCUAUAUCAGGUUUUCCCGCUACAUGGUUAUCAAUUCUCUGCGGGAAAUCAAUCAAUCCGAUGUGGAGUUUGAAAUUUUAGACUCCUAAACUUUGGACCACCUCAGCACUCAGUAGGUUCACCAAACAACGAAGCUAGCUGCAUCGUCUGGAGGCGAGGAGUGAAUGUAUUAUAAAAUAGUAAAAGGUAGGUGAGAAUGUUUCUUCUCAAAUUUUCAACAUGAACGCAAAUCAAUAUCGAUUUUAUGGAGGCGAGAGAUGCGCAAUAGGUACUUUAAACUUUUUUCUAUCGAAUGAAAGCUUUAUUGCUGGAGAAAAGCAAAGUACAUCUAACCACAACCUUUUUUUUAAACUGCGCAUACUUGUAGACGGUAUUCAACGUAUAAGAUAACAGAAAACGCGAGAUGCUAAACUGCUAGUCCUUUUUGAUAGUAACCAUUGGAGGAAGUUGUGCACGCGACAUGAGAGCAUGGUACUUUUAUCACACUUAACGUAGACGUGCUAGAGUUAUUUAUUGUAGCUGGAGCUCUAUUUAGUUACAUCAAUUACUAGAGACGGCAUCUAUCCGAAUGCUGCACCAUACAAUAUUUGGUCACACUUUUGAGAAGGAGGCAAUAUCGUAAACUAUUAUUCCGAAAGGAGCAAUCGAUCCCAUUAGUAUUUUUAUGUAUAUACCAAAACGCAGCGAACGAUACUCUAAAUAUGUUGAAAUUUAUCAUUCUUUGAAAUAAAUUUUCGUCACGAAA